AAUAUUUGAUCAUUUUGUAAUAUUUAUAGAAGACAUGUUACAUUUUCAAAUGGUAGUGCCAUAACUAAAUUAAACAUAGUUAAAUAAAUCUUCUUCUUUUUCUUGAAUCUCAUAUUUUUGUAACUCUAUAUUCUAAGAAGUCACACUCGACUUUGCAUCUCUAAAACUUCGCGUCAAUUAUUAAGUGCAUGCACGAACCUUUGCAUCACUAUCCUAUAAAUAUUAAAGUUUAUAUCUUUUGAAAAUCAAAAGUUUAAAUAGGAAAAAGAAAAGUGAACCUGUAAAUGAAUAAGAUUACGUUUUGAUAACAAAAUUUAUUGGAGUAUUAUUCUAUGUACCCAAAUAUAUAUUAUAAAAUUUUAAUUUUUAAGUUACGUUUAACAUUUGAUUAACCUUUUGUAUCAAUAUGUAUGUAUAUCUUGGUUUAUGGCCUAAGAAAUACAAUUAAGACUUGAUUCAUAGGUAUGGGAGUACGUUUCUUUCUCACAAUUCAAUUAAGAUUCUUGAUUCAUAGGUAUGGGAGUACGUUACUUUUCGCAAUUAUAAAUUAUUACGUAUUGGCAAAGCCACUUUUUCUGCUUCUUUUUCCUCAACUUUUAUUUUAGUGGUAUGUUCCAUCACGCAACACAUAAGAUACCUCACCUGUAUAUAAAGGCUUCUUAACAAACACAUCAUUCAACACCAGUAUUAACCGGCGAAAAUUAAGAAUUAACAAGAUACACUAAAAAACAUUAGUAUGGGAACGUUUCUAGGACAUUUUGUGCCUGGUCUCUCACUUGCACUUCUUGGUCUUUGGCAUCUCUUCAACAUCAUAAGAUCUUACUGUCUUAAAGGCCCUGAAACUUUCUCUGCCAAGUUCUGGUUCCCUUUCCCUAAACUCAAACAUCUCGAGCUUGUCCUGAUCCUUUUCUUCUCCUUCUUCGCCAUCAUCCUCUUAACUAUAGACUUCCCUGAUUUCAACUUCUCCUCUUUCAAGCCAGACAACCUAGAACAUGCUUCCAUGUUCCUCCACCUCAUUAUCUUCGCAUGUUUCGCUCUCUUCUGCGAGCUAACCCUUUCCUCAGAUCUCUUCUCCGGUAUAAUAGGGAUCCUAUCUGCUUCUGUCUUUGCACAAGAACUCUUCCUCCUUCAUUUUCACUCCACUGAUCACUUAGGUCUUGAAGGUCACUACCAUUUCCUUCUCCAGCUCAUCGCUUUUGUCUCCUUUUCUUCGGCUCUAGCUUCUGCUUCUUUUCCGAAAUCAUUUUCUGCAGCACUAGUCCUCUCGGUUUCGGUUAUGUUUCAAGGAUGCUGGUUCUUGAACAUGGGUUUCAUGCUUUGGGUCCCAAGGUAUGUUCCUAGAGGUUGCGUAAGCAACACGACAGCAUCUGAUAACAGAAGUUUUGUUCAUAGCAGUGCGGUGGCUUGUGAGUCUCCUGGCGCUGAGGUUCGAGCAAAGGCUUUGGCGAAUCUUCAGUUUAGUUGGAUUUUGUCUGCUAUAUUGAUCAUUACUUGUGCCUUGUGUUUCAAGUUUUCCUGCAAAGUUAUGUUGCCUAAGAAUAGGUCGUCUUCGGAGUACGAGCGUCUUUGCCGCCAAGGAAGUGAUCGCUCUCCAGCCUUGACGGUGGAAGUAUCGCCUAGUUCCGAUCAAAAAUAGAUGGGCCUUUACUCUGUUAUCUUAAUAUAAUAAUAUGAUGUAAUAUGCAUGUACAUACACAAAUAAGUAGCCCUAAUAAUGACAUAAUAAGACCAUCUCAACUGUAUUUUUGAUAUUUUUCAUUUUAAAGUAGAAAACUUCUAUAAUAAAGAUAAAAUUUUCUCUAAUGUAUUUUUUACUGUAGCAAUUGUUCAAAAUAUAGAGUAUAAAUAGAUAUUACUUUUAU